UCCACACCAUCAUCGUCGUCGUUUGCAUGCGAUGCGCAAAAGCACAGCGGCAGCUAAACGCAAGCAGCUGCAGCAUCUGCGUCAGCAACAAUUGCAGCAACACCAUGGUGUUUCCACAUCUCUUCUAUCUGUGGCAGCAACAGCUUCAACAUCGCGUUUGGCUGCAGCCUUGAUUUCUUCAGCGGUUGCGCUCAGUGCUGCAUCAACAUCGGCAGCGGCUGCAGCUGCUGCAGCGGCAACAGCAGCAACAACAACGACGGCUACUAUUGUAAAUAAGUCAAAUAAUCAUCAAAGCCAUAUGCAACAACCGCCACAACAACAAGCACACACGCCACUACAAUUGCAGCCAGUCUAUCAUGCACAUCAUUCAACUCAUCCACGCCAUCAUCAUCAUCAUCAACAUCACAGGCACAGUCAUAGCCACGGCCACAACCACAGUCACAGCCACAGCCACAAUCAUAGCCAGAAUCACAGCCAUCAGCCAAAUCAUUCGCACAAUCAUCAUCAGUGUCGCUCGAAACGUAAACUACAAAAAUUGUAUUAUACGCUUUGCCGUUAGAUUUUUAUACCUUAUUAUUAAUUGA